AUGCAGCCAAAUGAGAAACGAGAAAAGUCAGAUCGCUAUUGUCGAUUCCAUAAAGAUAGAGGACAUACUACCGAGGAUUGUGCACAACUCAAGGUAGCCAUUGAAAGAUUGAUCAAGCAGGGCCACUUAGGCGAGUACAUUGACAAGACUCGAAACAAGCGCCGUGAUGACCUCCCACGCCGAGAUAACAAUCGAGAUCAACCACAACGACGAGAGGAGGGGGGACAUCGGCGAGAGCAUGAGAACAAUGAUAAUCAACCCACUCGGGGGGUCAUUGCUUUUAUCUCUGGAGGACCGGCGGGUGGUGAUUCACAAAAUGCGAGACGCUCCCUAGCUCGGUCAGCACGCAUGAAUCAAGAGCAUGCCUCUUCAUCCGCAUCUAUCUACCAGAUACGAAGACCUGAUCAGAGCAUAAUCUUCAACUCUGUGGACCUUGAAGGUCCAGAUGAAGAUCAUGUCGAUGCACUAGUGAUCACAGCGGUGGCCAACUUAUUGGUUAAGAAAAUAUUAGUGGACGGGGGAAGCUCAGCCGACAUAAUGUAUCUCCACGCUUUCAAGCAGCUAGGCAUAGAUAAUGCCCGCUUUAACCCCAUCUCCACGCCCCUAAAAGGAUUCACGGGAGAGGGCGUGUUAUCUAUGGAAGAAGUGGAAUUGCCCAUCUCCUUAGGGGAAAACCCUUGUCGAAUCACCAAGAUAAUCAAAUUUCUCAUCGUCGACAAGCCGUCCCCCUACAACGUCAUCCUAGGGAGGCCAGCCAUCCACACAUUCAAGUCAGUGCCUUCCUCCUACCAUCAAAAGUGGAAAUUCCCCACUCCUUAUGGAACGGGGGAAAUACUUGGAGAUCGACGUCUCGCCCGAGAGUGCUAUGCAAGGGCCCUACGAGAACCUUCCAAGAAGCCUAAACGUCCGGAAGGGGAGACGACACUCAAAAAUCCGACAAACGGAAGUGGGUCAACGCGAUCAUCGAGGAUGAUAAAGAAAUCCUUAUCAGUGUACCUGACGACAGCAUCAAGUUAG